UGGUUCGGUCGGACACAGCGGCGCGAGCCGUGAGCGGGCCGGUCGCCGGACUUCUGGAUUCUCGGUGGGUGGCUCCGGUGCGGCGACGGCUCUUCUCGUUCGCCCCCCCCCCCCUCCUCUCAUUCGUACGUGCCUAAACCGUAUUUCUCGCCGAGGUUACCCCGAACUCGACGAGAGAAAGAGAGACUGAGGUGAAUCGCCGCGACCACGUCGAAUCUCAGCGGCCGAAGAGAGAAGCUCGAUUCGACGCGGCAUCACCGAUAAGGCUCGAACGCGAUGUCGAGCUGGACAUGAAGGCGUGGCGGGAGAACUGGACGUAGAAGAAAAGAGAGAGGUGGGUUAGUUCAACAGUGGUCCUACUUCUUCGAAGUUCUUCACUCCACCUUAUCCGAGACUCUAUGCGACGCGAGUUCAACACGAACGCUAUGGAGAGAGACUCACUAAGCCGGCGGGACACGAGACUCUCUAAGCCGGCGGUUCGCGCGCUUGGCGCCCCGAUCUCGUCGUCGACACACGCCCACGACGUGGGGAGGAGAAGGGCGGAGACGCCGAAGGCGCGAAGCGUCCAGUGAAGCGUUCGUGCGGGAAGGAAGCAACAGGCGUCGACGAGAAUACGCUGGCAAGUGUUUCACGCCCGUCGACGCCGUCGGCCCCGACGCGUAUAACGCUGGAGCCGAUCCCGGGAGGGAGAAAACGUUUGUAACGGGACUACGAGGAGGUACUACGUUCAUUGAGCGGGAGCGUUUUGCUAUGUGCUGUGCGGAGAAGCUCCUUCUUCCCGCGGCGUCUCGCACGGCGGCGCGCCUCCUUCCGACUUCGCCGCUGCCGGUUGCCGAGAGGAGCACAAGCGGUCCUCGCGAUGGUGUGAGCAGGUACUCGCAAGACGUCAUCGCACUGCCCAGCUGAGCUCGGCACAACGUAGCGACUUCCGGCCACCCACACCCGCCCGUAUGCAAGCGCUGCCACCCUGUCUCCCUACAGCCGCCCGAGCACCGACAGGAUAGACUGCUGCUGCCCUCUGAUGCCAGCGGCGCGCGUGUCUCCGGCGGACGAAGCGGCGACGGCCUGGCCCGCCGCUGACCGCCGGGGACCCGCGGCCGCCGCCCACGGGCUCGGAGGAGCUCAUGCCUCGCCCAGCGACACGCCACCUUCCAGCCACCGCCACCACGCCUCCUCCAACAACGCGAACCACACCUCGGACACGGGAAACAAGGCGCCGGGUCCCGUCACGCCUGCCACGGCCACGACGCCAGAUUGGAGCUCCGCGACGACGGUGACCUCUUGCAGUGUGUCGCCCUACCAGCGGCUACUGGAGGCGCUGACCAACGACAGUCGGUGGCAGAAGGACGUGGACCUGGGAAGGAGGGUGGGCUUCUACCGUUUCCGAGGAGAACUGGGCACCGGAAACUUCUCCCAAGUCAAGGUGGCCGUCCACUGCCUCGUCAAAGAGAAAGUGGCCGUCAAGAUACUGGACAAGAGCAAGCUGGACGCCAAGACGCAGCGCAUGCUGGCACGCGAGAUCGCCAGCAUGGAGUCCCUGCACCACCCGCACGUGAUCCGGCUGUACGAGGUGAUCGAGACGCUGAGCAGGGUGCACCUGGCGCUCGAGUUCGCACCGGGGGGCGAGCUCUUCCAGAAGAUCACCAGUGACGGCCGCUACCCGGAGGAAGAGGCGCGCAUCGUGUUCGCGCAGGUCGCGUCGGCCAUCAACCACAUGCACGAGCUGAACAUUGUGCACCGGGACAUCAAGGCGGAGAACGUGUUCAUCGCGGGCCACAACCUGGUCAAGGUGGGCGACUUCGGCUUCAGCACGCAGCUGCGCUCCCGCGAGGAGGCGCUGAGCACCUUCUGCGGCUCGCCGCCGUACGCGGCGCCCGAGCUGUUCCGAGACGAGAGCUACGCGGGGCCCUGCGUGGACGUGUGGGCCCUGGGCGUGCUGCUCUACUUCGUGGUGACCGCCUGCAUGCCCUUCCGGGCGCAGACGGUGGCCGCGCUCAAGAAGCUCAUCCUCGAGGGACACUACACGCUGCCCGAGUACCUGUCCGAGCACUGCAAGAAGCUCAUCGCCUCCAUACUGCAGGUGUGCCCGCAAGACCGGCCCACUGUCGCGGACAUCGGCCGCUCCGAGUGGCUCCAGGGCCAGCGACUGCCCGAGGGCUACCCUCGCUACAACAUGUACCCGACGCUCGACCCGGACGCUACCGUCUCGGAUGAAGAGCUCGAGACGCGGGCCCACCUGCGCGAACUGGGCAUCGGCGAGGAGCUGAUGCGCGACUGCGCCGACAAGGGCGCCCGGAGCGCCGUCACGGGCGCCUACCGCAUCGUCCUGCACAAGAUACAGACCGCGACGCCGGCUGCCCUGGACAACGAGGACGGCGAGUCGGCGGGCACCGCCACGGGCACCCCGUCGCCCGGAACGCACAAGGCCGACCGCGUCUCGCUCGGUCCGGACAGGCUGUUCUCGGUCAAGAGCCGAAAGUCCCGGGCGUGUGUUGUGCUAUGAUGCGUGACUUUCUGUUAAGCUCUGCCGCGAGAGCGGCCGUCACAGUGUACUACUGGUCCAUCAUCGCGCCUGAAACGGCACAUGCGCCAAAGCGACAAUGCCAACCGGGUAAAACCUUCAUGCAGAUGCCGUUACUGGGAAGGAAAAAAGUUGGGCGUUAGCGUGCAAACUCGGAUCACCGUUUGUACGGAACUUCCAAACAACUGCAGCAAGAACGCCCUGCGCCAUUGCUUCAGUUUGGCGCCCUCACGUGUGAGCACGGUCGCUUGCAUAGAGAGGAGGGUGCACUCUACGUCGUGCACUAUACUCCGCAAGCCUUCGACUUCAACAAAUACUAGGUCUUCUAGGGCAGUGCCACAUAAAUGUGUAAGGCCUACAUAGACAUACGCGACGGGCCUUGGCUGACAAGAACGAUCGUAGUUCAUGGACGUAUACAGCAAUGGCAAUUCCUCAAGGCGUGGGCAGUGCAGAGGCGACCCUGCGACGGUAACGUGCGAGCAACGACUUCAUUGGACAAGCAACUGAAAGACGCUCGCAAAGGACGUGCGUGGUCAACUGAGUCCGUUUUAUUCAGAGGGCUGGCUUUUCCUCUGGCGGCAGCUACGAGUCCACAGCGUGUGAAGCGACACGACAACUUGUGCCGUUUCUAGGAGCCUCUUUAUAUUCAGCCAUAUUGCGGGAACGACUACAAAACCGACCCGUCCCUUCUCGUUGACGCUUAUGCACACGACUGAGCUACAGGCCAGAGGAAAUGACCCGACAGCAUCCAGGACACUUGUGUCAGAAAACGAAAGAGUAUACUGGAGAGCGCAGCCCUGCAGCAGCUAUUCUUGAAAUGUGUCUUGCCUUGAAAGCGACGAAAUUAGGGCGCGUCACAGGCCAGAACAGGCAGAGCUCCUCUUAACUAGAGAUACAGGAUUCCCAGUGUCACGUUCCAGUGCAUCUAUGGCGCAUUGUCUAUUUCAUAAUUUAUAUUGUGUGGAUAUAUUCGACGUCACUGGCGUCCGAUGUUCCCAUCAGUGUCACAGAAGCACACGGACUCAUCAGGGGUAGUACAAGCUCGUCACCUGCGAUCAGCAAGCCACAUCCAGUAAAAUUUUAGAGCCACGUGGUCCUUUUUAGGCUGUCACAGCGCCCUAGAUGAUCAGAUGCACGUUAUUAACAACGAUCAAACUACGGAAGCCUGGGCCUGGAGCUAAUGUUUCACAACAAUAACACUGGUUCGCGAUCAAUCAGCGCCGAUACUACGGACAUAGCGAAUGCAUCCUUCUCUACUUUUACAAGGCGCAAAACAACCAAUUAGGGAAAUUUUGUUGUGGAUGUGUUCGACUCUGUAGCUUUACUAAAUAUGUCGGACGAAUCACCGCGCGUGUUGCAGUUCGUCAUAAGCGGGUUCGACUGCCUUACUAGAGCGUACUGCAGGCGACCGUCAGUUGUAGUCACGCCUUCGUUCCGCCCAGGUGCCACACUCGGAAAGCUCGUCUCCCCACUACGGUGUUGCUAAUGGCCUCCGAGACCUGCGCGCGCAAUCUCGGAGGCCAUUGUUGGGCAAGUGCUUUUACCACCGCCACACGGGGCAAGCCACUUAAUAUGAACGACACUUCCAAGACGCACGAAACAGCCACGCUCACGUCGUAAAUGUCCAACUCACGCUCAUGCAGUCACAGCUCGCACGUGAUCGCGCGAUAUGCUAUCACGAGGGCAAUCUGCACCGUGGUUGUCUACCGUUCGGUGUUCUAACGGACUACAAAUAGAGCCUUGGAGAACAAUUGGGCCAACGUCGACAAUUUGCGAGGCCGUGACAGGAGUAACGUGCCGCGGUGUACCUGGCACCACACGUGCGGUGAACCUUGCCGGCCACGUCUUUUGCACUUUUAUGAAACGUAUCCAAAGUUGACUGCUACUUUUUUCACUGCUGUUUUUUCUUAACUGCGAGUGAAUCACCCCAUUUUUUCCUCUUUUUUUUUUUUUUCAACAGUGUCGAACGCGUUUCAGAGUAACGAAUAGCCGAGCCACAUAGCCCACCAGCCUCCCUCUUAUUUUGUUAACAUUCUAAACACAAGCGUUGGCUACAUCGCACAUUCCGUGCACUCUUAGCCUUCAGAACUUGUUAAAGAGGUUGUGACUUCAAAAUGCUUAAAGGUGCACCAAUAAGAAACCGCCACGAAAAAAAAAAUAGUUUGCAAAAAGGUAAGGCUUAGAAUUAGACGAUUCUUCAUAUUUAAAGAGGCACUGCAACACUUUUUUAACACAGUAAGAAAACGCUCGGGACUUAUUGGCAAUAUUGCCGCGAAAGUGCGAGCCCCAAAUGUAGGGAAGCCCAUAUUAUCGCAUAAACGGUCGCUCGCUCUCUGCUGCGG